CUGACCAAAGCUCGUCAUUUUGAAAGUUCACCUGGACAAUGUGGGUGCAUACAACGUAAAACCAGAAUUACAGAUAUGGCCAUGUAUCCUCCGAGUCGAGCUGCUCGCUUCUUCGUCGUGAUUGGGUUUUCCUUUUUCGUUUUACUCCUCCAUAGUAUUGACAAGCGACAGACUUACGCUCGGCUCGAACUUAUUCACGUCCAUUCUGGCUGGCAUCACAACGUUAACGCCGACUCUGACCAAGAUACGAACAAGUCUUCACUCGAGCGAGGAGGGCAGGAGUUCACCAGGGUCCAUGCUUGUGAGCAGUCGUACGGUGUUCAAUUUCAGACAGAUAGUGAAUACGUUAGUCAGAAGAUUUUUGAAAAUCUAAAUCUAAAUUCUGAAAGUUUCGUCAUUGAGGUUGGAGGAUUUGAAGGAGAUUGGAUGUUAAGAAUGUUCAAGCUUUAUGAGAUUGGAUUUUAUGCUGUGCUUGAACCAGUUUGGACAUUUUUCAAUAUUCUAAUGAGAGAAUCAGACUAUUUGCCACAAGGAAAAAUCAAACCACUGAAUAUAGGUCUUGGAGCAAAGGACGACAUUAUUAAUGUUAAAAUGAUAGACGAUCGUACGAGUGUAUAUAAUAGACAAACCGAAAGUAGGCAAAGUGAAAGUUGGCAAAGUGAAAGUAGAAAUACCUCCGAACCAACGACGGACUUGUAUAUCGUCGGUGUUGAGAGGUUCUUUAGAGAUAUUGGUAUCGGUAUGAGUGAUGACGGGUUCAAAGGUCAUCUCGACUUACUUAUAUUAGACUGUGAAGGGUGUGAGUAUGAUGUGUUGGACUACUUGCUGAGAACGCCGAAGGUACUGCAUUUCAUCCAUAUUAUUAUGUUCCGAUCACACAGGUUCAAAGGUCAUGAACAGGAAAUGAUCCGCAAAUAUUGCACUUACCAAGAAUUACUUCCCUUGACUCACGAUCUUCGUUUCCAGCAGAAGUUUUCAUGGGACGUCUGGACUCUCCGAAAAAUGAUGUAACCAAAUUUACUGAAUCCCAGAAGUACAUUUUUUAUUUAUUUUUCCAAUAACUGUUCAAAUAUUUGAUUUAAAUUAUGUACUUAAUAUAACGGUGUAAUAGAACCUUAUUUAUAUAAAGUCGCCUUACAAUUUUACAAUUGUAU